AUGCGAGGCAUCCUCAGUCCCACCCGCGUCCUCACGACCGGCGUCCUAAUAUUCUUGAUAUGGCUGUUUAGCUCACAUUGGGAGGGCUCAUCGAUGGGGCUAGCUGGACCGCCGAUGAUAAAAUCUCCCCCCGUAGAGCCCUUUGGAGGAAGGUCACGACCUCUUGCGACGACCCCACACCCCGAUGAAGAGGCAGGAAGAGUAAUACAUCUUGGGCCCGGAGCACAGGACAAUCCGCAGGCCCAGUCGCCCGUAGAAACUGUUCCGGAAGGUCCGCCUGAGUCAAAGCCCGAGUCACAGCCGGUGCCGGAGUCAGUACCCGAGCUCGAAUCGAAGCCCGAGCCAGUGCCGCCUACGAAUGCGGAGAACAAGCCAGAACCACCACUGGCACCGAAACCGGCGUCGAAGGAAGAGAAGGAUCUUAAGGUUGCGAUUGUGACGUUCAUAACGCAAGAAAAAUCCUACGUGCAAACAAGCAUGAAGAACAAGCAAGCGUAUGCAAAUAAGCAUAACUACACCUUGAUCGUCGACUAUGACGCCCCUGAGCCACGAGGAGUCAUGUGGUACAAGAUGACAAUGAUUGAGAAGGCCAUUCUUGGGGGUGGAUUCGAUUGGGUCUGGUGGAUUGAUUUCGAUACAUUGAUGAUGACGCAAAAUCGCCCUGUUACCGACGUAAUUAAGGAGGAGCUGGAGAAGGUGGAGGAGUCAAAGAGGGACGACAUUGACUUCCUCUUGACGCCAGACUGCUUCCCCUUGAAUGCCGGCAGCAUGCUCGUCCGCGCGACCCCUCGAGCCAUUCCAUUCUUCAAUCUUAUACGCGCGUACAGCGACCUCCACGAAGAACGCUCCGAACAAGACUGCAUCCGCGACGCCGUCUUCGGCUACCCCGCCCCCGAGCCCGCCGCGGUGCUCGAGUUCGCAAGCUGGCACCCGGCCCAGAAGUCCGAUCACGAGAAUCGCACCGACACGCCCGCAUUCCUGCAUCAGGACCCCGCGUACCCCGACCAUCUCGCGGAGAACGCUGCGCAAUUCGAAAAGCUGGGCGAGACAGAGUGGCGGUACCCGUCCGGAAAGCGAGUCCGGUUCAUUCCACAGAAGCAGGCCAACGCGUUCCCCGAUGAAAUCAAGUGUUUUGAAAGGGGCCUUGGGCCGUGGGAGGAGGGGGAUCUGUUGAUCCAUUUUGCGGGCGCGUGGGCGCAUCUGAAAGAGGAGGACCCGACGGGCUUGCUCAUGCGGCAGUACGAUCAGCUGGUCAAAUGGUGA